AUGGGUUUUGCCAAACUUAGGCAGCAUGUGCCCCAAGCCCAAGGUUCCAACAAGAAGAUGAGCAAGGUGGAGACCCUGCGAUCAGCUGUGCAGGACCUUCUGAUGGAUAGACAAUCUUCUGGAGAUGGACAGGGGGCCAGGACAGGCUCUAAUGUACUCUCUCCCUGCGGCAGCAGCUGCUCUGGAGAUUCUGGAUCCAUGCCCUUGUCCCCUGGGUCCUGCUCAUCUUAUAUGUCUGAAGAGUGCUCCCAGGAGGACAGUAGUAACGUGUCUGAUGCAGACCUAUUCCUAACACUACACUGCUGGGGAUAG